UAGGAAUACUCCCCAAAGAGCUUCCUGGAGUUUGUUGGGGUUUAAUUUUGAUCGAAUUUUCAUCAUCUCUAGGGUUUAUCUUAUACGAACAAUCCGGCCGGCGAUUGUGAAAUUUCACCAUGCCGCAGGGAGAUUACAUUGAGCUUCACAGGAAGCGACAUGGCUACCGCCAUGAUCACUUUGAGCGCAAACGCAAGAAGGAGGCUCGUGAAGUGCACAAACGAUCUGCUAUGGCUCAGAAGGCUUUGGGUAUCAAGGGCAAGAUGUUCGCGAAGAAACGUUAUGCGGAGAAGGCUCUGAUGAAAAAAACAUUGGCUAUGCAUGAGGAGUCUUCAAGUAGACGCAAGGUUGAUGAUGAUGUUCAAGAAGGUGCUCUUCCUGCCUAUCUAUUGGAUCGUGAAAAUACAGCUCGGGCAAAAGUUCUUAGCAACACCAUUAAGCAAAAGAGGAAAGAAAAAGCUGGAAAGUGGGAAGUUCCCCUGCCCAAGGUCAGGCCUGUUGCGGAGGAUGAAAUGUUUAAAGUGAUAAGAACUGGUAAAAGGAAAACAAAACAAUGGAAGAGGAUGGUCACAAAAGCUACAUUUGUCGGGGCUAGUUUUACAAGAAAACCUCCUAAGUACGAGCGGUUUAUCCGCCCAUCUGGGCUUCGAUUUACAAAAGCACAUGUAACACAUCCCGAACUUAAAUGCACUUUCAAUCUUGAGAUCAUAGGAGUGAAGAAAAAUCCAAAUGGUCCUAUGUAUACCUCUCUUGGUGUCAUGACCAAGGGAGCUAUUAUUGAGGUGAAUGUCAGUGAACUUGGAUUGGUCACACCAGCUGGGAAAGUAGUAUGGGGGAAGUAUGCUCAGGUGACCAAUAAUCCGGAGAAUGAUGGCUGCAUAAAUGCUGUUCUGCUUGUCUGAAGAAACUUAAUUAGACUUGGGGGAGCACAGGUAGGCAUUCUUUUUGAAGUGGUAGCAACAAUCUUCCUUUUUUCUUGUCAAUUUUUUUUGUGGCCAUUAGCUCUCUUCCUUGACAUGUAACCACAAAUGUAUUCUUAUUUAAAUAUAUAUACUUUUCAUGCGGAUUUUUUCUCCA